AUGAAUAUGACGAGGAUACGACAGAUUAUUGCUCUUCGAAGAACAGUUAGAGCUGGUCCAUUAUUGCCACCUAUUUCGAAGAGCCGUGAAAAAUCAUCCGAUGAUGGGUUAUGCAGCAACAAAGUAACUGCAAGAGAUAUCCUGGAAAUCGAUUUACAUAUUAGUGAAUUGAAGACCGAUUUAUUUGCAUUUGAUGACAUAGUUUGUUUAAUAUCUGCAAAUCGAAAUGGUCUGGAAAAUUCUUGGGAACUUGUUGCAACGACGGAAUUCAUUCCCAAAACAGAUUCAAUUUCAAUUCCUAAUGCAUUCUCAAUAGAGUAUACAUUUAAACGAGACCAGAAUUUAAAGAUCGAAAUCUGUGACUACAGCGAAGAAGAAGUAAUAGCUAUUGGAGCGAUCACAUUUUUUGUCACAGAAGUUAUCACCGCUGCACAAAAUCUUACCAAACCAUUGAUUGAGAUAAAAAGCGGUAAACCUAUCGCUUCAAUGACAAUUUCAUAUACCACUCAGCCAAAAGAGCAAACAACACUUUUACAAUUUUGUGGCAAAAAAUUUCCAAGGAAAGGGCUUGAAAAUACACAGAUCUAUUUUAAAAUGUUUCGAAUGGAAGAAAAUGAAAUGCGUAAUUUAUUAUACACAAGCGAUUAUCAAUUAUAUUCAUCGAAGAUUCUUUGGAAGCCGUUUAAAUUACCAAGAAAUAUCGUUAUAGAUUCCAAAAACAGGAAUUUCGAAGUACUCUGUUAUUCACGAGAUGACCGUGCAAAAUGUUCAAUCAUAGGACAGUUCAUCACAUCUUCCCAUGUGCUUUUCAAAAAUGCUGAAGGACGAAAGAUUUCUUUACGAGUUGAAUUAGAAAAAAGUGAAAAAACAAGUGGAAUAAUUGAAGUGGUCAAAUGCAACGAUAUCACUAUGUAUUCCUUCCUCGAUUAUAUCACCAAUGGCUAUUGUUUAUCACUUGCUAUAGCGGUGGAUUUUUCGAUGUCAAAUUCAAAUGACAUAAGUCCAACAUUUGCAAAUGAUGUAGAAUGUAUCAUUCGCUCAAUUUGUGAGCCAUUUCGCCGUCAUAAUUUCUCGCAAAGCUAUGCGGCUUUUGGUUUCGGCGCACGAAUUCCACCACAUUUUCGAGAGUCGCAGCAAUUUUGCCUUAAUCUGGAAACAGAUCCGAAUUGUCAAGGAAUUGAUGGUCUGAUUGAUGCAUUCUGGAAAGCGAAUACUCAAGUGCAAGCUAGUACAACUGCCCAUUUUGCUCAUAUCAUUUAUCAUCUCUCUAAGUUGGCUAGCAAUGUACAUAGACGUGAAAAUCAGUUAAAAUGCCCAUAUUAUGUGUUAGCAAUAAUCAGCAAAGGAAAGAUAAAUGAUAUCCGAGAAACAGUGCAGGCGACGAUAUUUGCAUCCAAAGCUCCACUUUCAAUUAUAUUUAUUGCAACAGAAGAUGAUUGUACAGAAAUGGAGCGUCUUGGUCUUUCAGCUGGUCAAAUUUCCUAUCAAAAUCGUCGGGCUGAACGUGAUAUGUUACAGUUUGUAGCAUUAACAAAGGUUCGUAAUAAAUUACCGGAUGAUGGUAAUCUUUGGGAAUUGUUUGCUGAACAAGCAUUACGACGCAUUCCACGGCAAAUGAUCAGCUGGUUGACAAAAAAUGGCCAUAUUCCUCAGGAUUUGAAACAUUACGGUUCUUUAUCGAAACAGGGCUCGAGUGGAAUUUCUGAACUGAAGUUAGAGCAUGAGCAGGAGAGGAUUAAUGCGAUGGAAUUCUUCAACGAUCACUCAACCGAGGAUUUGGGCGAAACAGAAUACGCAAGUACAUCCGAUUACUCUAAUGUUAAAAAACGUCACAGUUAUACAGAAACUAAGGAUUUUUCCGCCUCCUCACCAACGUCCUCAGCAUCACUACGGUGA